UUCCGGACCGUCAGAAUGACAUUGGUCAUAGCUUUCCAAAGAAUCACAUGGAAAGUUUCGGGCCAAUUGCGUUGCAGUUCGUGUUGAAAAAGCCAUACUCCCUCCAGACUUUUCUCCCCCCAAAAAAGUUACAAGAUUCAUUAACAGUCAUUUGUCGCCCGUUCCUUUAGAUGCAUUUGUGUCUGUAGCUGCUUGGAGUGAGAGGGAGAGGCUGUCUGUUCACAUUGGUUAUCCUGUGUUAGUUCACCCCCAUCAUGUUCCCCAGUCUGAUCCCAACACCGUCAGUGUCCUGGGAAGAAUCGGCCUCAUCCACUUUUCUGAACUCACCACAGCUGCCCGAGUUCCACACCUUGGGCAGAAGUUUCCUCAUUGACAACUUGCUUCGGGUGAAUGGCCCCCUGAGUCGCCCGCUUGCACCGAGCCCUGCAAACCCUGUUCCAGUGAAAGUACCCCAAACUGCGGAACAAAUCAGCCCCUCGGGAGGUCCCCAUCCAACAAGACCCUCCUUUCAGCAGCUCGUUAACCCCUCGCCUGCGCCAACCACCUCCAGCGCUCAAACUGCCUCCUACCCUGAAAUAGCUUUAUCCAAAUGUUUCCUGCCGACUUUCCCCCAGGUCUUUCUGGCUUGCUGUGGUGGGUCCUGUCAGCAGCCGAUCUCCCCCACUGCUUUUCCGAUUAGCAGUUCUUUCAGGAGCUGUGAAUUUCCCCUUUGGCCCCAAGUCAGUCACAGCAAAGUGCGAAGAGGAAUCCUACGGAGAGUGGUCUUUUCUGAGGAACAAAGGAAAGCACUGGAGAAAACCUUUCAGAAACAGAAGUACAUCAGUAAAACAGACAGGAAGAAACUGGCCACCCACCUUGGCCUUAAAGAUUCACAGGUAAAAAUAUGGUUCCAGAACCGCAGAAUGAAAUGGAGAAAUACUAAGGAGAGGGAACUGCUUACACAAGGAUGUUUGUUUGAACAAACGUUACAAGAGAAACCAGUUUCGGCUUCUGACCUGAACGACACUAAUCCAAACAUCCCUGACAGAAAAGCAGCACACAUGGGACAAGCGUCUACGUGCAAAUAUGUCGCAGUUACAUCAACUUCUCAACAUGGCCAGACUACUGAGAACAGACUGCCGAGUGUGAAAAAAGAGUUGUCAGAGACAGCUCUGCAUUCUGUCUCUGUACAGCACAAGAAAGACACCUGAACCCAUUUCCCAAAGGUUCCCUAAUAAUAAACAUUCUCAAUGUUAAUACCCUACUUCAUGUGGUCUGUCUCUCUGGAUUUACUCAGUGCUUAUGAGGACUUGCACUUAUUUGGAGACAUUUUUUGGCCGUUACAACACCACUAUAUGAAGUAUAACAAUUCUAUAAUAAUGCUGACAAUGCAAUUUAUCAGGAACCUUUAAACAUUGAUUCUGGUAAAAUGUUUUUAGGAAAUGUGUUGACUGUAAAAUAUGAAUAAAGUUUUUACAAAGGGAUAAUAUUCUUCAAAUUGAAUUUGGCAAACGUAACAUGUUGUGCAUGGGCUAUGUUUCUGUAUAAAAAAAACUCAACACAAAAUAAAGUAAA